CUUAGGGUCACCAAAUUUAAGCGUGAUGUCCGCGCUUUUCAAACGUUGUUGUAGCGUGUUUUCGAGAUCGACUGGUUCCUUCCACAAACAACUGUUGAAUUGGUCCUUUGUUUCAGUUGGCCUCAAGUGUAUAAAUAAUGGAUUAUCUUUACCAGUUGCAUCGAAAAACUGCUUUUCACCACUUGGGAUGUCUCCAACCGUUAAUCUAGCUACUUUGGCUCAAAUGGCCAUUUGUGGUCCAUUUCAAAAGAAGCGUCCCCCAAAUAAAGCGAUGAACGCGAAGCCAUUCAUAAAAGGGAUUGUGCUAAAAACUUUUAUACGUAAACCCAAGAAACCAAAUAGUGCGAACAGAAAAUGUGUACGUGUCCGUUUAACUGAUGGUCGUGAAAUCACAGCUCAUAUUCCUGGUGAAGGUCAUAAUUUACAGGAACAUAAUAUUAUUUUAGUUCGUGGUGGUCGCACACAAGACCUUAUCGGAGUGAAACAUAAAGUUGUACGUGGAGUACAUGACUGCGCACCUGUUCGGAAACCAGGUUCAAAAUAAAACUUUGUAGUAAUUUAAUCCAUGGAACUUCAACAGUGUUUGUAAAGAUAAUUCGAAUUUUAUAUUUACGCUCUUAAUUUCUCACUGUCGCGAGGUGCUUUGGCAAGUCGUUCUGUAUUGUAAAAUAUCAUGUUUGUAAUCUUCAAUUUUUGACCCUGGAUAUAUUUUUUAAAAAUUUGAACCUUAGUUUUACAAUGGUGGAAGACUUGUAGCUCAGAGUAAGGGUAACAGCUACUUAGCAUUCUUCACGCCUUGGUAUUUGUAGAUUAAUACCGUCGAAGCUGUUUAGCCUGUUGAAAACCUAUAUUCAAAUGGCAAAAAUCGGAAGAAUUCAAGAAAUCCUCACCAUUCUUCGAGACAUGUUUAUUCUGUUCGGAAGUAGUCAUUCAAUUUUCAUUACUAUUUAUUUUACUUGUUUUUUAAUUCAACUCAGUACUAAGUGUAGAUAUCUUAUUCUAAUAACGCAAUGCUAUAAUUGUUAAACCUUGAGCAUUUUUUGUCUUUCAUUUCUAUUAAUCUUUCGUGAUCUGGGGAAAGCGUAUUGUAUUUAGAUAGUGUAUUUGUAACUAACCUUUUUAGUCCGCAGCAAUUCACAGUAUUCGGUGAUCGGUUAUCAUGGUUCAAUAUGUGGGCCGGUAGAAUACAUGCUUCUCAACUUAGUUAUGUUAAAAUUCUCAAAUCUUCCCAAUAUUUUUUUGAAAAUUUAGAAAGGCUGAACUACUGUUUGACUCUCUAAUGAGUUUAUUGACUAUAACUCAAAUAAUGAUAAGGAUGAGUCUUAUCGAAUGAUCUUGUAGUUACUUCAUUGCAAAGCUACGUUAAACUGCCUGUUUGUAAAGUGAUAAUUAUACUAUGUAUUGAUGCAAAUAAGCUUUACUGUAUGCACGUGAAAUAUGUGUUGUAAUCAGAAAGCAACAUAGUUAUGAAUGUUCCAACUCUGACUUUGAAGCACCUUUCACAUGUGGAUGUGGACGUCAUUAGAUGUUAGACUGGUCGUUCGGGAGUGUUCUAGGUAGAACUAAACCACUGGAGAACUAACCAUUGUGUAGGGCAAGUCAAUAGUAUUUAAAAAUUUAGUAGUCUUACAGUGAAACUUUUGUACUGCUACUGAUAUUGCUAUUUCUUAUGACUGCGGAAAAAACUUCCAUUUGGUAUUCGUUACUUCAUAACAGGACGGGUAUGUCUCAAUUAAGGAAAAAAGCAGGACUGUAAAUGAAGAAUUAUUUGUACAUCAAUUACUGGUUCCACCACUGACUUACAACCGACUUUCAUCUGAUCAAACUGACAUCAAAAAUUAAAAGGAAAUUUGCAGCGUUUUUAAGUAUUUGAUCAAUGGUUAAAUUUGACCUCAUUGAACUGGAAGUGAUUGACACUGAUUGACAAAUAACUUAAUGCAUGUAUAUAAUUUGCCAAAUCAACAACUGAUUCGACUAAAAAAAUGUAACUGAGUUUCAUUUUUACUUUUUCCUGCCAGAAAUUACCAAAUAAUAAGAUUGGUUUUGAACAAUAAUCUAUUUAUGAGAGACUUAUUCUAUUUCAUUGUGAUUAUUGACCCAUAUUGCCUUGAUUGGUUUAAAAUUUUCGUAUAAAUAUUCAUGUAUAUUAGAGUAAAGCCUGAUGACGAUCUAAUUGAAAACAAUUGUUUGCUUAUAUGUGUUGUUCUAUUUAUGAGUUAUCUUCUUUUAUUUAUUUAUUUGGACACAUAUUGAUGCAAAGGGGCACCGAAUACAUAUACACCACACAAGUCACUUGAUUCGUGUGUGGGCUGUGAUACUGCUUGGGUGCCUAAACCGAAGCAGGUGAUUUUCUAAGGGGGUCACACUCGGAGCCUUCGACCAUAAAGUCUGAUCCACAAGGCCGUGGAGCAACGUCAGGAGAUGCAGUCCCAUGAUAGCCGGUGACCAACAAUUGGUACAUACGCCAUUUGUUCCUUCAGUAUAUUGGAGCCCACGUGGAUCAUUUUAUUUUGGAUCAGGGUUUUCCAACUCCUCUAGGUAGACUCAUCGUUUCUGCCAAGCUGGUUAAAGCGCUGGACAUUCGCUUUUCAUCCUCUCAGUUUUGUAACAACACCGGUGCCGCGAGAAAGCAGUGUGUAGGGCUUUCCUGACAGUGGCUGUAUACGCGUGGCCAUGUGAAAGUAUUUCGAGAGGAAAAGCUAACUCUCUCCACCCUCAUCCGUACCAUAGCAUUUAGUGGCAAGAUCUUAUUAGGAAAAUGUCCAAAUACUUGUUAUUUCGCUUCUAAAUUAAUUAAUUCCUAUAUAUUUAUAUCGAUGGUCAGAUUUUGCAGCAACCAGCCUAUAAAUGGUUCAUUGUUGCUUACCGAACAUUAUUAUUUAUCAGGUCAUUUGUAGACAUGGGGAUUACUUUUUAUACAGGUUAAAAACUAAAUAAUUGAUGAGGAGCAAUGCCGACUUGGAUUACUAUUUCGAGGAUUAGAUAACUAUCAACAACUAAAUGCAUAAAGAUAAUAUUAAUAAAAUUUGUUUAGCCUCAGUUAUUGUAAUCUCAUCGACUACUUGACCGUGACUGUCAGAACAUGUUGCCAACAAAAAGGAAUUGCAAUUGCAAUAGACCAAAAGUAAAAGUUGUGAUGGGAUUUGUUUCGUACACGUCAGUUACUAGUAUUUUCUUUAUUUGAAAAUGGGGUUUAUUAUGGAAGACAUCCAUUUUUUCUGAAAAUGACCGGUGAUAUUAGCGGUGUAAGCUUUUAUUUGGCUAAACUUAAUUACCCAUAUUUGUUAAAAUGACCUGAUCAGUAUUAUAAAGGUCAGUGGUAAAAUAGAGAAAUAGUGUUAAAAAACUACUAGGUAAUUUGGAUUCAGUGAAGAAUCUUAACCUAUCAUGAGCUUUUGGGGUAGUUAACAAAUUGAGUACACUUUUUAAAAGCAGUGAUUUUAAACAUGCUUUUUAGUAGAAAACUGAACUUACCAACUUGUUUUUUCAUCUGAGUGUAUUUUCAUCCUACUUUAUUGUAUUUCUUAUUAUGCUUUCGUCAGGAUAAACUUUUGAUUGAUAUCCAUUUUUAUAAAAUCUUUGUAAUGAACAUACUGUAACUUCAUCACUUUCCCACACUAUUAUUUAUAUAUUUUGUUCUGAUUACAUGUACACUCGUUUUUACUGCUUGAUUUUUUAAUUGUAACUAAUUGUCAACAAUAAAUGUCUGAAAACAAAACAAUUAUCUUUUCCCACUUUUUAUUUACUGUGCAUACUUCAUACUGCUAUUAUUCUAUUUUAGAGAGAGAAUUCUUCAAAUGUCAGGUGCUGUUAAGGUGAUUCCAGAUGAUGAGUCUCAGCGAGAAAAUUGCACAACGUCAUCUGAACCAGUUUCGUUUGUGGAAAAGUCUGAUAGUAGUUACUCUUCAUGUGUUCCACAGCCUGUUCCACCGAAACUUCCUGUUAAUAAGUUGUAUGGAAUUCGAGGUAUAAUUGGAAUCUGUCUAUUGUUGUUUUCUGCGUACAUUGGCUCUAUCUUCUUUUUGGCUCCAUUACUACCGUUGGCUAUUCUGUCGCCUGUUGUAUUUCGCUAUUUUAGUGACUUUCUCUUAACAUCGUGGCUGAUGCUUGCUGAAUUUGUAAUACUCAAAAUUCUUGGUUGUCGUAUCCGUCAUUUUGGUGACCGAGUUAUACCAUCCACCACUACUAAACCCCAUAGCUGUCUCUUUCUGAUCAAUCACCGGACGCAAUUGGAUUGGUUCUUCGUGUGGGGCUUAGGUGAUCCAAUUCAGCGUAUGAAAAUAAUUCUUAAGGAUUCUCUUGCGAAAGUUCCAGGUGCUGGUUGGGCAAUGCAAUGUGGUAGCUUUAUAUUCCUACGCCGGCGUAUUGCAACAGAUCAACAGCGAUUACAAAAAAUUGUAGAAUAUUUACUCAAAGUUAAACAGAGUUGUCAAUUGUUAAUCUUUCCUGAGGGCACAAAUUUGAGCAGUACUUCGUUGGAGAGAAGUGACAGUUACGCGAAGCAAAAUAACUUACCAUGUGUUCGUUAUACACUUCAUCCUAGAAGUACUGGAUUCUUGCAUUUAGUGAAAUUGAUUGGCUUAGAUCAUCUAACUGAAGUAUAUGAUGUCACAGUAGCCUAUCCAGAUAUUUUACCGUCACCGGAAAUUAAUCUAAUUUAUGGACAUAUUCCACAUGAAGUGCAUUAUCUUGUUCGCCGUUUCUAUUUAAGUGAUCUACUGGACAUCACAAGUGAUAAUCAAAAAUUAGACGAAGAAACAAAUGAUAAAUUGUCAAAAUGGUUACAAAAUCGUUGGUUAGAAAAAGAAAAUAUUUUAAAAGAAUAUUAUGAUAAUCCUAUUGGCAAACGCUCAUUUCAAAAUGAAAUAACACCUGAUAGUCUAGUAUUCUAUGUGAAUUCGUCAGAUAGUAUAAUGUUCACUUAUUUGGGUUUAUUCAACACUGGAUUUUGGUUUCUAUCCAUGGUCAGCUUAGUGUAUCUGAUCUGUACUACAUUCUAUAUUCAGAUUUAUUUUAUCACAAUUCAGUUGUUGUUUACUUAUUUCACUUAUUACACAAAUGGUGUUAAUAUAUGGGCCACUAAAUGGAUUAGUAAUUCUGUUAAAGGUGAAUACAACGAGAUCAGUGAUACUACUUUUAAUGCUACUACUGUUAAUAAUAGUCAUGAUAUUAAACAUGAUGAUGUUGAUAGUAAUGCCAAUAAUGUCUUCAUGCAUUCAGUUCAAUAUGAAGGUGUUGAUCAGAAUAGGAAAGCUACUUAAAAUCACAUUGUUGUUGCACUAUAAACACAAAGUAUAGAUAAUGUGAAUCCAAUAUGUCGAGCUGUUUUGUUUGU